AUGGGUUGUAAACCCUCUCGUCGGGAGGGAUUCCUCCCAACAAGAUGGGUUGUAAACCCUCUCGUCGGGAGGGAUUCCUCCCAACGAGAUGGGUUGUACACCUCUCGUCGGGUCUCUGUCGACGAUUCACAACCGACCCCACACUACACUGAGCCCCAAACUUUAGGCAAAGAGCUCACCGCUGCCCAGCGCAAUUUUCCCCAAAUCACCUUUGAACAGAUCGCCGUCCAGAGUCGAACUUGUUCGGUUGGGCUCUAUGGGCCAUGGGCUGCUCGGGGAGGGAUUGCAUUCUUACGGAUCAUGUUCUCGUUCCCAAAGUACUACCCCGAGCUCAAGCCCCCAUUGAUUGAAAUCGAACGCAGCUCAGAUGUCAGCGCUCGCACCCGGGCAUUCCUGCUCAAAUCGGCUCGGGAACUGAUGCGCGAUCACGUCCAUAACUGUAAACCGGCCGCCUUCGACUUGAAGUAUCUGCGCGGUAUUCAUGAUUUGGAAACGUUAGGUUAUAUCGCUUGUGUGAUGGAGCUGAAUAGAAGAGGUGAGAGGACGCACGAAAAUGAUGAGAGGUAA